GAGGGAUCACAGGCAUAGAGUGUUGUGGUGAACUGGGAUGUUUGGAUGCUGUCGCUCCCCCACUCUCACGCAUUCACUCAAGUUUGUUGACGGUGGAGUGGCUGCUGCUUUAUGUCCCAGGACUCCCUUAUGUCUGUGUUAGCUUCUGUCUCUCCCUUUUAGUUAUGCUGUCAUAGCUAGUUUUACCGGAGUCCCUGCUUGCACUCUGCACGCAAAGUACAUUGUCCUUAACCAUUCAGGGACAAAAGCUUACCUAACAAUCUCUCUCUGGUCUGGAGGGUUUCACAGGCAUAGAGCCAUCUCUCUCUCUCUCCCUCACUCUCUGUCGAGCUACACAUGCUACUCCUGAGAUGCCAGUGAUCCUGACCCCUUCUGCUCCUCCUCGCUGCCUGACCCAUCCUGAUGCCCUACUUCUGGUUGGAGUUCUCAUCGGUUGAGUUGCUCGCUGCUGCUGGGGCCCCAUAUGGAUGGCCUGAAGAACCAUUUGGUUUGCUGGGGAUGGUGCCACCUGGGGACUGUGGAGAUGGCUUGGGGUUCACAUAUGGGGAGCUGUACUGUAAUGGCUAGAAAGGAAGUAAUGUGACCAGGUGAACCAAUCACAUUGGCAUGCAGCGCAGAGAGUGGAUAGUUUUUGCACCACAUCUCACAGCCAUAGAAUACGUCUAGAUCUCAGAAACCAAUUUACUAAUCACUUUUCAGCGUUUUACACACCAAUCCGACAUAAUCAAUGAGGACCUUCUGAGACACUGAGACCAAGACAAUGGAGACAAACCUAGGAGGAGAUGACUCAGGCUGAGAAGCAAGGCUAAUCAUACACUUUGCCCAGUAUCCUGCUUACAAACGUCCAGCUGGAUGAAAUCAGGGCAAGGAUUUAACUCCAGUAAGACAACAGAUACCGUUACAUCCUCUGUUUUGCUGGGACUUGGCUGACUCUCCUCAUACAGAAACAGACACUACUCUGUUUUCUGCAAGGAUGGACAGCAGAUUCCCCUCCACCUGUUGUCUAGGUGGAAUAGGUGGAGUGCAGCUGGUGGGACAUGAUGGUGUUGGUACUCCUGUUGGAUCACACUGGUGGUUGGUCUGAUCGCGAACAGGUCUGGAGAUGGAUCUAGCUCAGUGGUGCCUGGCUAAUAAUUUUGCCCUGAAUGUCUGAAGCAGCUAAGAGAGACAGCAGUUAAGAAACUGCUCUUCUCUCAAGAUCUACAGGACUCCUGUGGAAAGGGUGACUUUAAAUACCUUACCUCAUCACUUCACCUCCACAACACAGUUAUGAAAACAAGGCAACAGCUUUACCACCUCAGACAACUCCGAACGUUUAAGGUCUCUGCUCACAUUCAAAGAAUAUUCUCCACCUGUGGUAUGGAGAGCAUCCUGACAGGUAACAUCACUACCUGGAACAGUGACUGCUCUAUCCAAUACAGCAACACCCUGCAGAGAGAGUGGUACCUUCAGCAGAGCGUAUGACUAGAACACUACUUAUCUUCCUGCAGGACACCGACAUCAGGCAGGUUGUAAGCCCAGAAAAUGAUCAAGGACACUUCUCAUCCCAGUAAUGGUGUGUUCAGACUGCUGAGGUCAGAAGCAUGUACAGAUCCUGUUGUCACUCCGGCGUCUCUGCUGGUGGAGUAUGGAAACCCUGCUGAAGUGAACUGCUCCAUACCGAGCAAACCUGAGACAGAUUACACGCUGGGCUGGGAGUCUAAAACAUCACAGCCAGCUACAGACACUGAGACGAGUGUGAUGUGGAAGGUGGACAGUCUGACGAAUUGGGAGGAAGCUGACGGACUCCAGUGUUUCUUCACAGUGGGAAGUAAUCAAUGUGAGAGUAAUGUAACUGUCACCAUUUACAAGAGGCCAGACAGGGUUACACUGAGCUCUGUGUCUGAUGUGUGGGUAGAGGGAGAUCAGACAGAGCUGUGGUGUGAGAUUGAAAACGUUGGUCCUGGACAUAAACUCAGUGUACGCUGGAGCAGAGCGGAUCCAAAGCACAACAACGCUUUCACACAAUUCAGUGAAACGACGUUCCCAGACUUGGUAAAUGAGAUGAAGAACGUGAGCAUGACAGUGAACUUAACUGUUACGCCCAGACGUGAGGAUGAUGGAGUGCAGUAUCAGUGUGCAGCUGUGCUGAAUCUGGAGAAAGAUCCACUCGUGUUCCCAUCACAACCACUCAACGUCACUGUACACUAUAAACCAUUCAUUACAGAGCCUUUAGAUACUAAAGUAACAGUUUCUGAAGGUGAAGACCUGAUGAUGAACUGCUCAGCACAAGGAAACCCGAGCCCUCAGUAUAAAUGGACUUCACCUGAUCACACAACCAUCUCAAACUCCUCCAUCAUCAUCAGUAGCAUCCUUAAAGAAGAUCAGGGUCAGUACACCUGCACUGCUUUCAAUAACCUGGACCAGGCAACUAGGAAUGUGACAGUGACAGUUACAGCAUGUACAGAUCUUGUUGUCACUCCGGCGUCUCUGCUGGUGGAGUAUGGAGACCCUGCUGAAGUGAACUGCUCCAUACCGAGCAAACCUGAGACAGAUUAUACGCUGGGCUGGGAGUCUAAAACAUCACAGCCAGUUACAGACACUGAGACGAGUGUGAUGUGGAAGGUGGACAGUCUGACGAAUUGGGAGGAAGCUGACGGACUCCAGUGUUUCUUCACAGUGGGAAGUACUCAAUGUCAGAGUAAUGUAACUGUCACCAUUUACAAGAGGCCAGACAGGGUUACACUGAGCUCUGUGCCUGAUGUGUGGGUAGAGGGAGAUCAGACAGAGCUGUGGUGUGAGAUUGAAAACGUUGGUCCUGGACGUAAUCUCAGUGUACGCUGGAGCAGAGCAGAUCCAAAGCACAACAGCACUUUCACACAAUUCAGUGAAACGACGUUCCCAGACUUGGUAAAUGAGAUGAAGAACGUGAGCAUGAUAGUGAACUUAACCGUUAUGCCCAGACGUGAGGAUGAUGGAGUGCAGUAUCAGUGUGCAGCUGUGCUGAAUCUGGAGAAAGAUCCGCUCGUGGUCUCAUCACAACCACUCAACGUCACUGUACACUAUAAACCAAUCAUUACAGGGCCUUUAGAUACUACAGUAACAGUUUCUGAAGGUGAAGACCUGAUGAUGAACUGCUCAGCACAAGGAAACCCGAGCCCUCAGUAUAAAUGGACUUCACCUGAUCACACAACCAUCUCAAACUCCUCCAUCAUCAUCAGUAGCAUCCUUAAAAAAGAUCAGGGUCAGUACACCUGCACUGCUUUCAAUGGCCUGGACCAGGCAACUAGGAAUGUGACAGUGACAGUUACAGCAUGUACAGAUCUUGUUGUCACUCCGGCGUCUCUGCUGGUGGAGUAUGGAGACCCUGCUGAAGUGAACUGCUCCAUACCGAGCAAACCUGAGACAGAUUACAUGCUGGGCUGGGAGUCUAAAACAUCACAGCCAGUUACAGACACUGAGACGAGUGUGAUGUGGAAGGUGGACAGUCUGACGAAUUGGGAGGAGGCUGACGGACUCCAGUGUUACUUCACAGUGGGAAGUACUAUGUGUGAGAGUAAUGUAACUGUCACCAUUUACAAGAGGCCAGACAGGGUUACGCUGAGCUCUGUGCCUGAUGUGUGGGUAGAGGGAGAUCAGACAGUGCUGUGGUGUGAGAUUGAAAACGUUGGUCCUGGACGUAAUCUCAGUGUACGCUGGAGCAGAGCAGAUCCAAAGCACAACAGCGCUUUCACACAAUUCAGUGAAACGUCGUUCCCAGACUUGGUAAAUGAGAUGAAGAAUGUGAGCAAGACAGUGAAACUGCAAGUUACGCCCAGACGUGAGGAUGAUGGAGUGCAGUAUCAGUGUGCAGCUGUGCUGAAUCUGGAGAAAGAUCCGCUCGUGGUCUCAUCACAACCACUCACCGUCAAUGUACACUCUGGGCAACUGCCACUUAUUUCUGUCUGGGGAGUGGUUGGUUUGUUAUUGGUCACUACAGUGUUGUAAUCAACUUUGAGUGCUGGAUGUAUUUUCGACGUGCACACGUGGGUCGUGCUACAUCCUGAAGCACCCGAGAUCCCGCAGGAACAACGGUUAUGUGCAACACAAUGCUGUGAACCAAGGACAACUGUAGAUGCUAAUGUUAAAACCUGUGUAGUUAACCCUGACUCCAGUGUAUCUAAUGCUAACACUGCCUCCUGUGUAGUUAACCCUGACUCCAGUGUAUCUAAUGCUAACACUGCCUCCUGCGUAGUUAACCCUGACUCCAGUGUAUCUAACGCUAACACUGCCUCCUGCGUAGUUAACCCUGACUCCAGUGUAUCUAACGCUAACACUGCCUCCUGCGUAGUUAACCCUGACUCCAGUGUAUCUAACGCUAACACUGCCUCCUGCGUAGUUAACCCUGACUCCAGUGUAUCUAACGCUAACACUGCCUCCUGCGUAGUUAACCCUGACUCCAGUGUAUCUAUUGCUAACACUGCCUCCUGCGUAGUUAACCCUGACUCCAGUGUAUCUAACGCUAACACUGCCUCCUGCGUAGUUAACCCUGACUCCAGUGUAUCUAACGCUAACACUGCCUCCUGCGUAGUUAACCCUGACUCCAGUGUAUCUAACGCUAACACUGCCUCCUGCGUAGUUAACCCUGACUCCAGUGUAUCUAACGCUAACACUGCCUCCUGCGUAGUUAACCCUGACUCCAGUGUAUCUAACGCUAACACUGCCUCCUGCGUAGUUAACCCUGACUCCAGUGUAUCUAACGCUAACACUGCCUCCUGCGUAGUUAACCCUGACUCCAGUGUAUCUAACGCUAACACUGCCUCCUGCGUAGUUAACCCUGACUCCAGUGUAUCUAACGCUAACACUGCCUCCUGCGUAGUUAACCCUGACUCCAGUGUAUCUAACGCUAACACUGCCUCCUGCGUAGUUAACCCUGACUCCAGUGUAUCUAACGCUAACACUGCCUCCUGCGUAGUUAACCCUGACUCCAGUGUAUCUAACGCUAACACUGCCUCCUGCGUAGUUAACCCUGAUUCCAGUGUAUCUAACGCUAACAUUGCCUCCUGCGUAGUUAACCCUGACUCCAGUGUAUCUAACGCUAACACUGCCUCCUGCGUAGUUAACCCUGAUUCCAGUGUAUCUAACGCUAACAUUGCCUCCUGCGUAGUUAACCCUGACUCCAGUGUAUCUAACGCUAACACUGCCUCCUGCGUAGUUAACCCUGACUCCAGUGUAUCUAACGCUAACAUUGCCUCCUGCGUAGUUAACCCUGACUCCAGUGUAUCUAAUGCUAACACUACCACUAGUGUAGUAAUGUAGUGUAUAUUUUUUGCACUAUGGUUUAGUAUGCAGUUUUAGAUUUUGUUUUUAAAAUCACUGAAUAGUUGUAAUGACUGUAGAUCAUGAUAUAUACUCUGAAGACCAAAUGUAGUUUAUUGAUUCAUUACAGUAUUUUAUGGGCAUUAAAAUGUGAAUGUGAAAUUUAAAAUCUCAGGCCCAACAUUUGCGCAGGUUAAUUGUUGUUUUCUGAUCAGCAGAUUUCACUGUACAUGUGGAGGAGUUGGAGCAAUAAAACACAAACUGAAUUGCAACAA